GACUUAAUAUCUAAAAUGAUUAGGGAAGAUGGAAGGAGUAACUAUGCCUGGGAUUUGGCUAAAUUAAACAUUAACAUGAUGACAUACACAUAUCCAGGAGACAAAUUGAAAGAUUUUGCAGUUUUUGGAGAAAAAGUGUAUCUACCGAUGAAUGGAAAAGUUAUCACUGCUGUGAAAAAGGAAAUAGACAAUCCUCCUGAUCUCAGUGCAGCUGUUGAUCUUAUGGAUCAUGAUUCUGGAGAUGGAAUUGAUCUUCAGGAAAAACCUCAAAAUAUGAUUGAGGUUGAAAUUGGUGGAGAGGGUUCUUCUGCCAUGCUUAGACUUCUUCAUCUUCAACAAGAUUCAAUACCAGAUACCAUACAGGUAGGGAAAAACUACCUUGCUGGAACUCUAUUGGGUUUAGCUGGGAACUCUGGGACAACAUACACCCCUCAUCUUCAUCUUGUAUUCGGUUUCUGGGAUAAUAGUUCCAGAUUUUGGUCUUUACCAAUUGAAUUUGAAUCCGUCGAACACAGAAUACUUCUUCCCUAUCCUUCAGGAUAUGAGUACAGCAAUUAUCAUCAACAUGAGUUCCUCUACCCUAAGCUGGGAUAUUGUAUCAAAUCAGCUUAACGAAAAGAAGAAGAAACCUCAAGAGAAAUUACAUAACUGUUUAAAGUGCAACAAUAACAAUUUAUGUUUGAAAUGUUUGCUUUAAGAUAGAAUAUAAUUAAACAAAAUAAGAAAAACAUGUUUUA